AUGGGCAUGACUUGGGCCCAUUACCUUCCCCUGACCAAAGAGGUGAGGAUCAAAGUCAAUCCCAUUCGAAGUAGCAGCUUAUCAGCCUUACUGCUUUCAAAGUCAGUGCCCAGUGUGCCUGGUCCGCGGGGAAAUCCAUUCCGUGGGAGGAGGCCUGGGUGGAGGGAGCGUGGGGGCAUCCACGGCACCACUGUCCUUCCCAGGGGAGACGUGGUGAACCAGGACGACCUGUACCAGGCCUUGACUAGCGGGCAGAUUGCAGCUGCUGGACUGGAUGUGACGACCCCAGAACCGCUGCCUACAGACCACCCUCUCCUGACCCUGAAGAACUGUGUGAUCCUGCCCCACGUUGGCAGCGCCACCUAUGGAACCCGAAACACCAUGUCCUUGUUGGCAGCUAACAACUUGCUGGCUGGCCUGCGAGGGGAGCCGAUGCCCAGUGAACUCAAGCUGUAGCCAGACAGGAGGCGCUGAGGGCCAGGAGGCCCACUGUGCCCCUGGGGUCUGUCAGUGAGCGCAGGCUGGACUUGGACCCACAGGACGGAAGCCAAGGAAAAAAGUCUCAUCUGUUCUGAUCCUGCAGAAGGGAGACUGGUGCUGAUACACGGGCUUGCCGCUUUUGUGGUUGGAAACUCUUGAGCCAAAAGUAUGUGAUCUUAUUAAAUAGUUCUCUGAGA